UAUAUACACUGUCUUAAUUUAGAUUGUAUACUUGGGGAUAUAUAUUUAGAGAAGGAUGCUGGCAGAGAUUAUUGGGGGGAACUGAAGUUACCCCAAGUCCAUGAAGACCCCAGAGAACCAUCCUAAAACAUAUAAGCAAGUGUGAGGUAGACUAAAGAUGAGCACAGAGUAAUGAGGGAGGGAACGGUGAUUCAAGGAGGUCUUCUUAGGGGGUUACAUUUCUGAUUGUCCCAGAGAAGAGGUGUAGAGAAGAACGCACAGGCAUGGGGAGGAGAAACACGGGUGAAAGACUCAUGAUCACAGAAGAAUUUUGAUCAAUCUUGGAGGGGCUUCAUGAGCCCAAGAGCUGUUUCCUCUUUAUUUCCUACAUUUGAAGAAAAUGGGGCAAACUUGUUCAAACACGUGAUGGAGGAGAGUAACCUUACCCUGCUAGAAUGUGCCCUGCCUUAUUAACAGAGCAUGUGUAAUUUUACCUGAUCUUAAUGGGCAUUAAAAAGAGUAAUUUAUUGUUAUUUCAGAAAUGUCUGUGUAUCCCUAGGCUAUAAUGCCUAGCAUACAGCAAGUGCUUAAUAAAUGUUGACCUGAACUGAACUAAGAUAAAUUAACAUUUUUGCAAGUCAUUUAAAAUUACACAUCAGAGCAUUUAAAGGUUCUACUUGCUAAUCCAUUUAGUUUAAAAAAUCAAACCAUCUUCAGUCAGACACAGCCAAGAUAAUAGUUGUUUAUAUGUUGUAUAAGUAAUGAUUAUCAAUCUGUCAAACACUGGUAGGAGUCUAACCAUGGGGUUAAAACAGAAUUAGUUCAGGGAGACCAUGAAACUAAUUGCCUGGGAUAUAAUUUCUGAAUCUCUCACUGAUGCCAUUCAUUUCUCUGGUUUUGUUUUUUCCAUUCAUAAAACGGAGCUAAAGAUAGUCCUCUGUUUAAUACCGAGCCUCCUCGAAGGAUGACUUAUCCGCUUAAAUCUCAGCUUACAUUGCAUGACUGGAAAGUAGAAUGUAAGGGUCCCCCUUCGAUUCCCCUUCAGGAAGUGGAAUAGAAAAAAAAAACAACACUACAUUCGUCAGUAACUCUGGGGCAACCACAAGUUAGACAGUAAGCAGGUCAACUGAAACAAGGACAGAGAUUGCUAUAAAACCAACAGUGCUCUCGUUGACACCACACGGGCACACAGAAGGCAACACAGCACAGAAAGAGCUUCCUGCACGAAACAGGUGACCAGAGCAAAGUGACAAUGACAUUCCUGCGUGACAUGGCCGUGGUCAAGUCCCUGCUGCUGUUGACAUUGGGGCUGACCCUCCUGGGGGAGGUGGCAGGUCGGAAAAGCCCCAAAGCUGGGGAUCCUGCCCUCUGCCCCCCUCCGGAGGACCACACUGUGAGGGUUGACAUCCGCAUCCUCAGGCAGAAUCAGGGCGUUCCCCUCUCACACGGCUUCCAGAACCGCUCCAGCACCCCCUGGGAUUACAACGUCACCCGGGACCCCCACCGAUACCCCUCCGAGAUCGCAGAGGCCCGGUGCAGGCACACGGGCUGCAUCAACGCCGAGGGGAAGGAAGACAGCUCCAUGAAUUCCGUCCCCAUCCAGCAAGAGUUCCUGGUCCUUCGGAGGGAGUCCCAGGGUUGCUCUCGCUCCUUCCGGCUGGAGAAGGUGCGGGUGACUGUUGGUUGCACCUGUGUCACCCCCAUCGUCCGCUACGUGCGUGGCUUGAGGGCGGCAGAUCAGCUCAGCUGAAGAAGCUGUAGAAACGCCCCUCUUUACCCAGCACUUUGCCAUGAGUCCUGUGUGGUUCCCAAUUCUGUCCACUUCCCAGGUCUCUUCAUAAGAUCUGCAUGGGACUCUCAAAGCUCUGUAUUAGAUAGAGUAACUUUCUGGGGCUUCAGAAUCUUUAUACGGUCCUGAGAUGUUCCUAUGUCCCACCCCCCUGAAAAUAGAUGGAGGAGAAUGCAGGACCCUCACCUACUCUGCUUAUGUGCUAUCACGACCACCUCCCAGCCAUGCCGUCAUUGGAUGGGGGCCCUGUUGGUAAAAUGGGCUUCUGCUCCACAAAAGGCAACAAAUAAAAUAAGCACAAUGUAAGAGUGUGUGGGAGGGUCUGUGCAGGAUGGGGUGGGCGGGAAGAAUGGAGAUAAGGAUCCAGCACCUGUUUAUUAAGCAUUUGCUAAAUAUAGAUGAGGUUGGCCUGAUAUUUAUACCUCUAGGGAAACUGUUCAUGUAUUUAUGAUAUAUUGAUUAUAUGAAAUUGUAGGAGAAAAAUUAAUAUAACAAGU